CCUCUGCAGUCCAGCGAGUCACGUUAUUGGUGGAUGAGUGAUGGGGGAAGUGCUGUUGCUCUGGAAGUUUGUUGCCUUCUGCCAGUAAAAGUGUUGAACCCAAGACAAAAACAAAGAAAGCGCUAUUUUUUUUAGAGAAUUGCGGGUAGUAGAGUAGAAAAGUUAACCUUAUUCUGAUUUUUUUUUCAGGAGUCGUAUCGUUCCGUCAUGGAGUUUGGUGAAGAGUCGUCGCCCGCUCUGGCUUUCGAGAAGGACGCGUUUGAGCUCACGGUUGAGGAUGUGUAUGACAUUUCGUAUGUAAUCGGACGAGAUUUAUUGAAAAUAAGCAGCACAGGGGAAGAAGUGUCGGAUUUACAGUUCAGAAUAGUGCGUGUGUUGGAAAUGUUCGAAACUUUGGUCAACAAGUACAACUUGUCUCUGGAGGAGCUGAAAAUGGAGCGGGACAACCUGAAGAGUGAACUGGACAGGAUCAUCAAGGAGAGCUCCUCUGGGCAGGGCACGCAAACAGCGGGACCAAACCAGCUGCUGGUGGACCUCACAGACCCCAAUAGACCGCGCUUCACCAUGCAGGAGCUGAAGGAGGUCCUGCAGGAGAGGAACCAGCUCAAAGCUCAGCUCAUGGUGGCUCAGGAGGAGCUUCAGCUCUACAAGAGUGGGAUUCUGCCACAGGCUGAACCAGCCAUGGUGGAGGUGGAUCUGGAAACACCAGAAGCUACAGAGCACAGACCAGCCACGACAAAUCAUGCAAAAGAAGAGAAGACAACCAUAGGCAAACUGUUUUCAUUCAGGCGAAAAUAAGAAAAACCUUUCACAAGAAUGGACCAUGUAGAAGACAAACCGGAUUUGUCAGCACAUUUUUCUCAUCAUGUAACCACUUUUAUAUUGAAUUUUUUUUUUUUUUUUUUACGAUGUCUUGUGUCAAUCUAACAAAACACUCUUUUGUACUGGAAAUUUGAACCUAAGAUUGUUGAUAGUAAUAUAGAGUUUCUGUAGUAAAAAUAUAUAAUACAUGGAAGGUUUAGUGAAGAUAUAAAAUUAAACUGGAAAGUAUUAUCUAACUAGUGUUGGAGAUUAUCAAUGCAAUCACUCAAAAUUAAGUUAUUUAUAAGCUUUAAAAUGUAAUUUUAUAAAUCAAAGUUUUUAAAGGUGCUUUGUGUUGGUCCAGUAAUCCUAAACACAUUUUCUGCCACUCUAAACUAUUAGCUAUCAAAUAAAGAAAAGAGUUGUUGCUCUGGCAUACAAUGGAAAUGUAGUUGAAAGACAAUAUGCACUGUGAACAGUCACAACAUCUGACAUACAUUCUUAUCCUCACUUGCAUUUCAGUCUUGCAACUCCUUUGCAAUAUGAAAGCUUUAUCUUAAACUGCAGUGUGGGGUGGAUGCAAAAGUGACAUUGGCUAGCUUAUGGGUUAAGGCGCAUGCCAUUUAACUACAACAUUCUAGGAUCCCUUCCAGCCGAGGCCCUUUGUUGCAUGCUAUGCCCCCCUAUCCCCACAUUUCCUGUCCGUUUUCAGACCGCAAGGUAUCAAAUUAAGAUAAAAGUGCCCAAAAUAAGCGGCGGAGACUGUCAUCUUAGAGCACCAUAUUUCAUUUAUGUCUCGGAUCUUCACCAUUAACCAUGCCACAGCUGGAAUGAAAACUCUGUUUUAUUCCUUAAUUUACAGCACAGUUAAUAAUUUACAAUAGGGAAAUUGAAUUGUCAAUUAUAUUCAUUGCAAAAGGAAACCCCAUGAGGAGAAAUGCCCUUCAAGCUUGCAUCAGUCUGCUACAAUUAGAUUAAAAAAAUAAAAAUAAAACCAUGAUAAAAACAGUUGCAAAAAUACACUCAUGAGUUGACGCAUUAGCCCCAAUUUAAAACAAAAGGUUUUUUUUUUUUACACUUAAUAAAAAAGCAUGUUGAGGACUA